AUGCGCCAAUUGCAAUACAUAUCUCAAUUUUCUACUAAUAUAUGCCAUAUUAGUGGAAGUGAAAACAUUGUCGCAGAUCAGUUAUCAAGAAUAGCCGAUGUCUCUAUUUCAGUCAUUGAUUAUGAUAAAAUUGCUGAAAAACAAGUUCAUGAUAAAGAUUUACAAGAUUUCCAAGCUCAAAAUAAAACAUUAAAUUUCAAAAGUUAUUUACUUUCAUCUGGUAAAAAUCUGUGGUGUGAUACGUUUCCUUCUAACAUUAGACCAUUUAUACCCAAGAAGUUUAGAAUGGAUAUAUUUCAACAAAUCCAUGGCCUCGCUCAUCCAGGAAUCAAGUCGACCGUUAAAGAAAUGACGUCCAAAUUUAUUUGGCCAAAUAUCAAAAAGGAUAUACAAACAUGGAGUCGUGCCUGUAUUGGUUGUCCUUAUUCAUCAUCUGAUAAUUUUGUGUAUUGCUUGACUUGCAUUGAUCGCUAUACUGGUUGGAUGGAAGCCAUUCCUUUGCGUGACAUAACAGCAGAAACCGUUGCCAGAGCUUUUUAUGAACAUUGCAUCACUCGUUUUGGAGUUGCUUACCAAGUUAUUAUGGAUCGUGGAGCACAGUUUACUUCUGAACUAUUUCGAACCUUGUGGUCGGAAUCCAUUCCAACAAUUCUUCUAGGUCUUAGGGCAGCCUUAAAAGAAGACUCUGGAUAUUCCAUUGCACAAAUGGUUUACAGGAAAAGAAUCAAACUUUCUGGAGAAUUUUUUGAUAAACCGACAGUUUCUACGACACCUCAAAUAUUUUUGCAUAAAUUGCAAAAACAAAUGGAAUUGUUCAAGCUCUCUGCGGUACAGCGAAAAAUGAUUCCUAAAGUUUUUGUCCAUAAAGAUUUAAAUGUGUGUUCUCAUGUUUUCCUAAGAACUGAUAGAGUCAAGAAACCAUUAGAACCAUUAGAAGAUUAUGGAAAACCUUUCAAAGUACUUAAAAGAAUGGAAAAAUACUUCUUGUUACAAAUCAAAGGUAAGGAAGUAAACAUUUCGAUUGACAGGCUGAAGCCAGCCUAUUGUUUAGUAUCAGGCGAGCAAAGGCUGGAACCAGAAACUUCUGAUACCCAGAAAAAGACUCAGACUUUGUUAAAAUCUGAGAACAAUGAUGAACGACCUCGAGUCUCACGAACUGGACGACUAAUAAAACGUCCUUUACGUUUUAGUAACAAUGUUGAAUAUAUUUCCUAA